AUGCAGAAAAAGUCUGAAUAUUCCCCCUUUAAAAGCCUCCUGCUAAAAAGAGGAGGGAAAACUGCGAAAAGUCUAGCUAAACUCUGCAAGGAGGCAUUUAAGCUUCCGCGUAAGGUUUACCUAUACAUGUCCAGCCCCAUGAAGAAAGAAAGACUCAGCAGGAGGCAGAUAGACAUAUACCUACACGUAUACUCGAUGGCAGGAGCAACACUCAUUCUGGCUGCAGGAGUAUUCCACUACAAGCUAAGAAAAGAGUGCUUUUUGCUCGUUCUUGCAUACGCUUCCCUCCUAGUGAUGGCUCCCUUCAGGUGGGAGAGAUUCUACAACGAAGGGAUCAUCGCAUCCUCCGUAUGCGCCGUAUUCUUCACUCUUCUAAGCACAUUUUCCUACGGGGCCUUGAUUUCCUGGGGUACUCUGGGGGUAUUCGGGUUAUUCGGGAUAGAAAGGGAAAUCCUCAACCUGGGAAGAGCUACUCUGGGGAGUAUCACGGGGUUCAACCUUAUCCUGGACUUUUGGAAGAGGAAACCUGCCGUUUGGGAGAGUGUGAUCCUGUUUCUGUGCCAGCUGUACAUCAUAUUCGCAGUCUUUUCCGUAAGUACUUCCGCCUUAAUCCGCCUGCUGGAGGAAGUCGCAGAAGAGGCAGACUCGCAGGAGAAGGCAGAAAUCCACGAAUGCCCAACGAGAAAAAAGAAGACUCGGGCGAAAGAUGCGAGGAAUAUGAAGAGAGCAAAGAGUAUGCGCUGGCUUGCGAAGGGAACGUGCAUGUACGCUGUAAAAGUAGGAAUUUCUCUACUCUCUGGACUUUGCAUCUAUGGGAUUAUCUGGCUUAGUACUCCCCGCAUAGAGAAAGUUGGGCUUAAGGUGGAAGUGCUUGAACUCCCAGAAGUUUACUAUCAGGUUAUUGGGAGAGAGCGCAGUCUCGAAGAGCUCAUACGCCAAGCAGAUGCUCCUAUUUGA